GCGGUCCGAAGGCGGGGCCGGUGGCGGCGCCGGACUCGGGAGGCGCGAGCCUGCCAGGAGCCAUCCGACUGCUGUCUCCGUUAUGCCGCUGCUCGUGGACGGGCGGCGAGUGCGGCUGCCGCAGUCCGCCGGGGAGCUGGUUCGAGCGCACCCGUCUCUGGAGGAAAGAGCCAGACUUCUCAGAGGUCAGUCUGUUCAACCAGUGGGACCCCAGGGCCUUCUGUAUGUUCAGCAAAGAGAGCUUGCAGUGACCUCCCCAAAGGAUGGCUCCAUCUCCAUUCUGGGUUCUGAUGAUGCCACCACUUGUCACAUUGUGGUCCUGAGGCACACAGGUAAUGGGGCUACCUGCCUGACACAUUGUGAUGGAACUGAUACCAAAGCCGAAGUCCCCUUGAUCCUGAACUCUGUAAAGUCAUUUUCUGACCAUGCUCAGUGUGGAAGGCUGGAAGUGCACCUUGUGGGAGGCUUCAGUGAUGAUCGGCACUUGUCACAGAAACUUACUCAUCAGCUGCUUAGUGAAUUUGAUAAACAGGAAGAGGACAUUCACUUAGUGACAUUAUGUGUGACGGAGUUAAAUGACCGGGAAGAAAAUGAAAACCACUUUCCAAUAAUUUAUGGUAUUGCUGUCAACAUUAAAACUGCAGAGAUUUUCAGAGCUUCCUUUAAAGAUCGAGGCCCAGAGGAGGAGCUGCGUGCAGCACGGGCUCUAGUGGGAGGCCCAAUGAUUAGCAUUUAUGAUGCAAAGAUGGAACAACUUCGAAUAGGCCCAUAUUCCUGGACACCAUUUCCACAUGUGGAUUUCUGGUUACAGCAAGAUGACAAGCAAAUACUAGAGAAUCUUUCAACUUCUCCUUUGGCGGAGCCCCCCCACUUUGUUGAACAUAUAAGAUCUACCUUGAUGUUCUUAAAAAAAUACCCAUCUCCAGUGAACACACUGUUUCCUGGAAAUAAAGCUCUUCUCUACAAAAAAAAUGAAGAUGGCUUGUGGGAAAAGAUCUCUUCAGGAAGCUAAAAAUAGAAAUUACCAAAGCAAGCAACUUUUGGCAUGACAAAGACAACUGGUGGGGUUUGGAAAGAAAGUGAAUUUGGAAUCUACAUCUGUUGAGUCUUAGGUCUCUUUCUUACUUAGUAUCUUUCAAAUGACUUUCAAAAUAAAAUCUUACUUUGGCAAUGGCA